CCACACCCUCUUUACAUCUGACUUGUGAUUGUGCCUGGCCACAUGGCAGCCUUGUUUCGUUGACCAAGACACACCCACGUUCAACAUCACAAACAGCCUGAUCGGAUCUUGACUUCUUCACUCUUCAUUUCCUUGAAUCAUUUCAAUCGAGUGAAUCCACCGGCACAAGAGAUUCCAACAACAACCGCCACUCAAACAUUUAUCCCUCGGGAGGCUUUUCCCGAGAUGCAGUACGUCCCAUUCGCCUCCGACAUUGAAAUUCCAUUCUACGCUUCUUUGGCCUCACAUAAAAUCAACCAUGACAAACUCGACGACUCGGCCCGGAAAGUGUUGGGCCUAUACGAGAUUCGUCCCGCCGACUCCAAAGAGCACUCAUGUCGGAUGCAAGUCCAUGCCAACGCUCUGACGAGCGACGAAGUCUCGCCCGGAUACUAUCGCGGUGAGGGCAUGAUCAAGAAUGUCAACACGAUCGAAGAGUAUCGCAACGUGGAUAAACUUCACAUGAUACAACAAGCCGGCAAAACCAUUUGGGACUCCAUCAACGAUGGAACAAUCUACUCGUGCCCAUCUCUACUCGCCUCGUUCCUCAUCUUGUCGUUUGCGGACCUGAAAAAGUACAAGUUCCAUUACUGGUUCGCCUUUCCAGCGUUGGUCAUGGAUCCGCCAUGGACACCGGUCGAGCACCAAGGCGCCGUACCCAAGCCCGAAGGCAGUCUGCCGUACACGAAGCUGAACUCCCUCGAGAGCAGUAACCUAGCUGACGCAGUAACGGCAUGGCGAUUUGGGGUCGACUCCCGUCAAUUCGGCUUCUUUCUCGCAAAGAAAGACCACGGCUACAAGACAACAGCACCAGAUCCCGAAAACGACGACGACCUCGGGCCUCCAUCACCACGGUCACCCGAGACGCCUAGCACGAGGCUCGGGUACCGAUGGCACAUUGGAUCCCUGUCGAGUUUUGACUCAGGAUUCUUCGACCACACCAACGCCGAAGAUCAGUACAUUUGUUUUGCAGACCCUUCCAACUACACUGAACCAGGUCCCGUCGCUCCAGGAUGGAUGCUCCGAAACCUUCUCGUGCUGGUCCGUCAGCGUUGGAAACUAUCAAAAGCCCAGAUUUUAUGCUACCGCGAGAUACCCUCGCGAAAAGACGCGGCCAGGAGCGUCAUUUUUACCAUGGAAGUCUCCAAACAGGGCAAGUCGGCCAAAUCCGCCGAACCUGCUGAGUCGUCGAUGCCCAAAGUCGUAGGCUGGGAGCGUAACGCGUUCAACAAACUCACGGGCCGCAUGGCCGAUUUGACCGAGUACAUGGACCCCAAGAAAUUGGCAGACUCGAGCGUCGACCUGAACUUGAAACUCAUGAAAUGGCGCAUCAGCCCCAACCUCAACCUCGACAAGAUCAAAGACACAAAAUGCCUCCUCCUCGGCGCGGGGACGUUGGGAAGCUACGUCUCACGGAAUUUGAUGGGCUGGGGCGUUCGCAAAAUCACCUUUGUCGACAACGGCAGUGUGUCGUUUUCGAACCCUGUGCGGCAACCCCUUUUCAACUUUGAAGAUUGUCUCGAGGGUGGCAAGAAAAAGGCCCUCUGUGCGGCGGACGCAUUGAGACAGAUAUACCCCGGCGUCGAGAGUCAAGGGUACGUACUGUCUGUUCCGAUGGCAGGUCACCCUACCACGGACCCGGAAAAGUCCAAGGCGGACUUUGAGCAAUUGAAGCAACUCAUCGACGAGCACGACGUCGUCUUUCUCCUAAUGGACACUCGAGAGUCGCGAUGGCUACCUACCGUGAUGGGAAAGGCGAGCGGGAAAACCGUCAUGAAUGCAGCGUUGGGCUUCGACACGUACGUCGUCAUGAGACACGGUGUCGUCGCCAAUGCUGGUGCUAUUACAGGCGCCGGACACGAAGGGUUGGGCUGCUACUUUUGCAACGACGUUGUCGCCCCCGCGGACUCGAUGAAGGAUCAGACUCUGGACCAGCAAUGUACGGUCACACGACCGGGGAUCGCGGCCAUCGCGUCGGCCUUGCUCGUCGAGCUGCUCGUCUCCAUCCUCCAACACCCCCAGGGCCCCGCGGCGCCGGCGUCCCUGUCGGCCUCCGAGGACCGGGGAGAGCACCCGCUCGGCCUGGUACCCCACCAGAUCCGCGGCUUCUUGUCCACCUUCACAAACAUGAACAUCGCCGGCAGGGCGUACGACUGCUGCAGCGCCUGCUCGCCCAAGAUCCUCGACGCCUACGCCUCGGAGGGGUGGGACUUCGUGCUCAAGGCGCUCAACGAAAAGGACUACGUCGAGGAGCUGAGUGGACUGAAAGAGGUGCAGAGGGCCGCCGAGGCCGCGGCGGCCGACAUGGAGUUCAGUGAGGACGACGAGAUGGCGGGUGGUGACGACGACGAGGGUGAAUUGAUCUAAAGUUCUCAAACAUACUGGGUAAAGAAAAGGGGAGGAAUUGUCUCCCAAUAACGAGUCGGGAGGGUAAGGUCUGAACGGAGUAUGCGUAUGUCUCGACAUGGCUUUUUGGUAUUGGGUAUAUUUGGUGAUGAAUCUACGUUCAUUACGCCGGCAGCAGCCUGCCGGCAAUGAUCUCCUAUCUUUGAUUGAUCCUUCCUAAGGACCUGCAAACACAGCGUCCCUAUCGACCUUGGCGAGCCUCUUGACACCAACAAAGUAGGCCUCUUUGGAUUGACUUCUCGAGCUCUCGGGCUUCUCGCGAUGAACCUUGUGGAACAUGGCCUUGAGGCUCUUUUCGAGAGCCUUGUCCUCGGCACCCUGGUAGAACUUGCAGACAAAGUGUCCGCCGACCUUGAGCGUUUCGUAACUGAACUGUAACGCGGCUCUACAGAGGUCCUAUACCAAAG